AUGUCAACCAACGACACGCAAACAUCAAACGUAGAGAAAUUUAACGCUAUAAUGCGAAGAACGAGUGAUAGGUUGAGAGGAGGGUCGGUCCCCCCUCUCGAAAGCGAACAAACGGUACAUCCCCCCCUGGAUCCCGACCAACCUCCGUCAUCGAUAACGACCGAAUCCCAACGAGGUAGGGGUAGAGGCAGAGGACGCCGAAACGCUAGAGGUUCGACCAGACCGGCAACUCAAGCCACGACGGGAGAUAGAGCCCCGAUAGUCACACUCACGGUGCCCAGAAUAGGUGGCAAUAGCACUCCAGACGCUACUCCUGCGUCCUCGUCAGCUCUGGAUACUGAAGGAAACUCUUUGUCAGCCGACACACCUGUCGGAGGCAACCCUUCCGGUCAAACACCACUGAGACUACGAUUAUCCACCUGUCAGCUUCGAAGUCUUAAUCCGCCCACCUCUGGUGAUGCCGCAAGCGCGAUGAAUUUACCCUCCACGAUACGUUGCGUGAUGCCACCCUGUGUGAUGCCUCCUUGGAGUAUGAUAAUAUCUAAGGACCUAGGACUGAAAAUGUUUUUCUUGUCUGGUUCCCACUCCUUGCUACGAUUAGCCGCGGGAUCUCCAAGUCGCAGAAACACUAUCGAUGGUGUGGGAAUAAGCCCCCCGAAAGGAUUCCAUUCCUGGUUAUCGGCAAUGGGACUUGCAGUAGUCAAGCAAUCAGACACAACCGGCACAUCGGUUCAAAAUGUCACGGCGGCUCUGCGAAACGUACCCAGAAAUCCCUCCAAUUCAGUUCCCAGGGUACAGCCUGGUGUUCCAGCGUUACCUCAGCGACCCGUCGUAAAGCCGGCUAAUCCAGUUGUACGCGAGGUGAUCUGCCUCGACGGCACUGGUGGUACUAGUAAUGCGCCCGAGAAGUCUCCUUCAGAUGUGGGGUCGACAAAAGCGACAAGCAACAUAAAACCUGAAGUCAGCGACGAAGGAAUUGAAAACACCGGUUUAGUGGCCCUCUCAAAGCACUGGGACGACAAAAUCAGACCCUUGGAAGGCUACUUACCUUUGUCGAUUUUUAACAUCAAUUGGUUGAAGAUGGAUUUACUUAAGCACUCCCAACGACCUAAAACGUACAAAGAUAAAGACGGUGAAAAGUAUCACGGUUUAUCAGUCCCCUCAGAAUGGAAGAUGACUUUUGGAGAAUGGGUCACGGCCUUCGACCUUUGUGUCACUUACUUGUACUAUUAUAAGCAUGACCGCUUGGCAGACCGUUUCAAAAUACACAAAGAAAAUGUGUUUGCGAUAAUGCGAGAUCGACUAAGCUGGCCUAUGGCUUUCCGAUACAACCUAGCCAUUCGAACUACCGUUCUCACCUUCCGGAACGCCGAUGGGAAGGUUGCGAACCCUGCGCUAGUUAACGAGACCUUCGAACGAAACGCGCGCCUCGACUCUGAAAGACUAGGAGACUUUGACCCCAGAUUCACCGAUAUCAACCCGUACGCUGACGGUCAAUGCAAAGCCAAUAUCAACCCUCUAACCGGUGAACUCCUGCGUCCAGGUGCUAACCCAUUCCAAGCCAACACGAGCAAUCAGUUUGGUUAUGGCUCCACUAAGCCAAAUGCAAGGUCCUGGACUUACGCGAACCAAGCACAUUACAAAGGCCCUGGUAGUGUGGGUUACUUCAAUGGUGGUGAUGAUCGAGCUUCUGGUAAUCGAGUAACUAGGGGUCGUGGUAGAGGUGGCGGUUACAAUUCCAAUGGGAAUCGUGAGGAAGGCUUGAGAGGUCGUAGGGGAGGUCAUGAUGGCUACGACAGCCGCAGAGCUGAAGGCAGCGGAGCCUGGAGACGUGAUGACAGGCGAGACAAACGCAAGGGGGAUGAGCGCGAGCCACAUGGCCCAAGAUUUGGUGGCAAUGGAAAGGCCAAACGUACAAAUGGUUGUUGUGCUGGUGUGUGUAGUCCACCAUUACCAGGGCGUGUCUUGUCCGCCAUCCAAGAGAUCUGCAAUUUCUAUCUUGAAUUGUCUGACCGAGAUCAGUGUCGCGCAGUGUAG